UACAUUUUCAUUUGGCUGUCAUUCAUCAGAAUAUUGUUGUAGUGGAAAUAUUUCGAUCCGUCGGAAAAACAUCAUCUUGGUAAAAUUCGUGACCGCAUAAUGGUUGUUGAAACGAUUAAGUUAAAUGAUGGCUACGAAAUGCCAAUAUUCGGUUUGGGCACAAUGUUCGCAAAAGAAGACGUCGGUAUACAAGCGGUAAAAGAUGCUGUCGACUUGGGCUAUAGACAUUUCGAUACUGCCCACUUAUAUGGUAAUGAGAAGCAAGUUGGGGAUGGUAUUCGAGCCAAGAUUGCUGAAGGUGUUGUCAAACGUGAGGAUAUUUUCGUUGUUACAAAGUUGUGGAAUACGUACCAUGAACCGGAUAAAGUUGAAUUGGCCUGUCGAAAUUCUUGCAACAAGUUGGGAUUGGAUUACAUUGAUUUGUAUCUGAUGCAUUCACCAAUGGGUUUCGAAUACCGUGGAGACACCGACGCUGAUCUUUUUCCGAAAAAUGCUGAGGGAACUGUGUUGUUUAACGAUGUCGACUACGUGGACACGUACAAAGCGAUGGAAAAAUUGGUAGCAUCCGGUUUGGUCCGUAGCAUUGGCGUGUCGAAUUUCAACAGUGAGCAAAUUGAUCGCUUGCUUGCCAAUUGUACAAUCAAACCGGUAACGAAUCAAAUUGAAGUUGGCCCUAGCCUCAACCAGAAGAAGCUCACGAAAUUCUGUAAGGAACGUGACAUUGUUAUAACCGGAUUCAGUCCAUUGGGACGUCCAUAUAACGCUGGACUAAAUCCGAAUUUGCCACCGCUUGCAUUCUUAGACCCACGAGUUAUUGCUAUCGGUGAAAAAUAUGGAAAAACCGGAGCUCAGGUUGUGCUUCGAUAUUUGUUUCAAUUGGGCGUCGUGUUGAUCCCUAAGUCAUCCAAUAAGCAGCGAAUGAAGGAAAAUAUUGAGAUUUUUGAUUUUGAGUUGAAAGAGGAUGAAGUUGCACUGCUGGAGACAUUCAAUACUGGCACGCGAACACUGCAAUUGAAUUACCAUGAAGUGAAGUACUACAACCACAAGUACUUUCCAAAUCAUAUCGAAUUUUAACAUUCAUCAGCGUUAGAUGUUCAGUAUGGACUCACAAUUUUUCUUGUUGAUUUAAAAGAGCGAAUUACAGUCGUUAAACAAUGA